AUGAAAAAUAUUACGUUCUUAGUUUCCUUUCUAAUUUUUUUAAGAAGCAUAAAUGCUAAUAUUAGCAUAACCAAUUUUACUUAUACAAAUCAGAAAGGUGAUAUAAAAGUAGAGUUCUUUCAAACUGACUAUAUAGCCAUAUUCAAGCUUCCUUUUGGAGGCAGCCAUGAACAAAUUUUUGAAAUAAGUGAUGAUUAUAUUAUUACAAAUGACAAAGAAACAAAUAAUUGUAACAUACCAAAUAACAAUUUCGGUUUUGUGUAUAGCAAGUCAAAUUCUCAAAAUAAGUUUUUGAUUGUACAAAGGGAAUAUACAACAAUAUACAUAAAGGAUAAAAAUAAUAAUUGUUCCCUCAUUUCAAAGGUAGAACCAUCAUUAUAUUCAUUCCAAACUAUAGAAUAUAAAAAGGAAAAGAUAAAAUUAGGGACUACAACCAAAUGUGACGAGAAAAUGGUGGAAAAAUUAAAAAUAUAUAUAGAUCUUUUAAACGAUAUGAAUCUUUCAGAAGAUAAGGUAUGUAACCAAAUAAUAGCAUCCUCCUUUAUACAAAAUAUAGAGAUAAUAGACUGUACAGUAUAUAUUGGAAGUAUUUUCCUACGUAAUAAUUUGAAUAGGGAAGAAUAUUAUAUUUGUAUAAAAAAAGAGGAUAAUAAUAAUAAAAUGAAGAAUAAUAUAUCACUUCUUAUUAACACCAUUGAUCUAAAUAAUACACUUAUAAUGAAUACAUUUUAUUGUAAUAUGGAAAGGGAUAUUUGUUCAAUUAUAAUUAAUUCAAUUUAUUUUAAUAAUAUCCCUAAUAUAACAGAUGAUACUUUAGUUUUGAAAGCUCAGUGUAAUAUUGAUAGCAACCCUUUAAUAAAUAUUGAUCAUGUUUUAAGAGAAGGGUAUUAUACUUUUCAUUUUAGAAAUCCUAAGAUAUAUUUUUUACAAAUAUGUAUUAUAGAUAAUUUGAAAAAAUAUAGAAUGCUAGGUAAAAUAUAUUUUUUAAAAGCAUAUGAACCAAUCAUAUGUUUUAUUGGCACACCAUGUGUUAUUAAGUCUUUUACAGUCAAAGAAAAUGUACAGUAUGUUCAAAAUAAUAUUGAUAAUGAAACGUUUAUAUUUACAAAUAAAAAAUGUGACAAUGAAAAUGUAAAUGAAAAUAUGAAUAUGAUAGAAACUGAUUAUGAUAUGAAAGAGCUAGAAAAUCAUCAACAUUUCUAUCUUUUUAGUAAAAAUCCUUUAACAGAUGAAAAAUAUUUAUGUACCUCAAAUAAUAAGAAAUUUUUAUUGUUAUUUAACAUAGUCUUAAUUAAAUUACCAGAAUAUAAUAUACAUUAUAGUAUUAUAAAUAAUGUAGUUAUUAAUUAUUCGACCCUUUUUUUUGAAUAUAAUAAUUAUUUAGGACCAUAUGUAAAAUAUGAAUGCUCAGAUAAAUCGAUAGUUCCAGAUGAAUAUAACAAUUUUAAUAAUAAUAAAGAUAAUAAUUUUUUAUUAAAGAAUGAAGAAUUAAAUUUCACAAUAAAAUUCAAGGCUAUUAUUAUGAGAUUAUGUCUGAAACAAAAUAAUUAUUAUUAUGAUAUUGGAAAAAUAUAUAUUGAAAAUUUUAUAAAUUAUAAAAAAAUUUCUUCUUUAAAGGAUUUUAUAUUUAAUGCUGAUGUCUCAUUACAUGCUGAUGAUAUAAAUACCAAACUUUUAAAAUUUGCAAUAAAAGAAGAUCAUAACUGUCAUUCCGAUCAAGGAUUUUUUGUUCAAUCUAAAGAUAAUUUCCGUGCAGACAAAAAACCAUUUUACAAAAAUAUAUUUAUUAAUCAUACAACAGUAUAUGAAUCAAUAAACCAAAUUAUUUUAGAUAAAGAUAUAUAUUAUAUAUGUAUGUGUUCACUACAUGAAAAAUGUUAUGAUAAUAAUAAUCUUAUAGAUUAUAAUGUUUAUACAAAUAUUAGUAUACAAAAUGAAAUCCAACCUUUACAAAAUAAAAAAAAAUUUAUAUGCAAAAUUUUUGCAGAUUGUUCUUUUACCAUCAAUUUUGAAAAUGAAUAUAAUAAUACAUCAGAUAUAUGGGUAGCCAAAAAAGGACAAUCUUGUAAUUCCAAAGAUAUACAAGUAGGUAUUCAUGUUAGUCAUCAAAAUGUCAAAGAAAUAAAUAAAGAAAAGAUAAAUGUAACAAAAGUCAAUUUCAAAAUUUAUUAUUUGAUUAGCCAUAUACAUUAUUCAUAUUUAUUUAAUAAAGAUAUUUUUAUCUGUGGAAAUUAUCGAAAUCAACAUUUUAUUGUUCAUAUCAAAAGCGAUUUCUUCUUAUUAUACUAUGCCCUUCCAUUUGAAGAAGAAAUUAACAUAAAAAAUGUUACACAAACUAAUGUAGCUACUAAUACAUAUGAAGCACAAGAAAAAAAUAUAAAUAUACAAAGUUUUGAAAAUGUUAAACAAAAAUUUAAACGUUUAUUUAUUUAUUCAUACCGUGAUGAUGCUAAAAGCAAUUUAUAUAAAACCAUGAACAUUAAUCAAGAUGAAAACCAAAUUUCCAAUACCAUCAAAUUUGAAAUUCCAAAUGAUCAUCCAACAAAAUAUAAUGAAAUAUAUUUUAUUAACGAAUGUCAUUAUGAUCAAGGUGUCAUAAUAUAUGAUCACAAAAGAGAAUCAAACAAUAUUGCCAUUAAUAAUGAUAAUAAUAAUAAUAAUAAUAAUCAUAUAAUUAAAAGUAAAGAACUUUACUGGGCAAGGAAAAAACGAAUAUAUAAUAAAAAAUUAAAGAAAAAAGAGAACAAAAAUGAAAUUAUUAAUAUAUAUAAUUGCUCAAAUGAAAUAAUGAAUAACCAUACAUUAACAUCAAUCCUUAUAUUUGAUGGACCAUUAAAACCUUUAGACAUUUAUUGUUAUAUGGAACUUGAUUGUAUUCAUAAAGAAAAUUUUUCAAUAUUAAAUUUUGAUUAUUCAUUAUUUGUUGAAAUAUCAGAUACCCAAAGAAUUAUUAUACAUAUUAAAGAAUCAGAAGGAAAUAAUAAAGAAAAAUUAAAUAAAGCUGAAAAAAUAUAUUUUAAUGAUUCUAAAAGAACUACAGAACUCAUUUUAAGUAUUCCUAAACAUAUUUCAAAAGGAUUGGAACCAGGGCCUUAUAAAAUUAUAUAUACCAGAAAAUUCAAACAAUUUAUUCAUGAAUUAUAUGUAGGAACAUUUCAUUUUAUUGGUGCCCCAUCACAAAAAUAUCAUCUUAUAAGAGAAAAUGAAGAAAAUAUUAUUAUUCAUGGAUAUUUUAAAAAUAUUGAAAAUGAAAGAAUACAUAUUUUAAAACAUCAAAAUACUUGUGUUUUAACAAACAAAGAUAAAAAUAAGAAAUUAUUAAAAUCAAGUGAAAUCGAAUAUAUUUUAAAUGAAAUUAAAACUAAUAUUCAAAAUUGUACAUAUUUAGAUGAUACCAAAUUAUUAUGUAAAAAUGAUUUACCAGUAGAAGGGAAAUUUAUUCUAUGUUGGUGUUAUAAUAUAUUAAAUGAUCAAAAUAAUCUAUGCCAUAAUUUAAAUAUUUAUAGACCUAAAAUUACAGAAGUUUCGUCUUUGUUAUAUUCAAUAGAUCCAAUAUUAGAAAUAUCAAAAUCUUCUCUUACAAACUUUUUAAAUUAUAAUAUUGGAGAUUUCUUUUUUAUAAUUGAUGAUGAUUGUAAAAAUAUCAAAAAUAUUAAAUUAAAAUCUAAAUUAAACGAUGAACAAAAUAUUCUAGAUAUCUAUAAACAUUUACAAUAUCCAAAAAAAUAUGAUCUAUGUAUUUGUAUUGUUCAACAUAAUAUUCCAUGUGAUAAGGAAGAAAAUUUUAAAAAUUUUUAUAUCAAAUUAAACGAACAAAUUUAUUUUACAAUGGAAAUGGGUAGCAUAGAUGAAUUCAAUAAUAAGGAUAAAUUUAUAAAAGAUUUUACCUUUUCUACGGAUUAUUUAGAUCAAUUAAAAUUGAAUAUUGUCCCUGUCUUUGUUUUUUUACCUGGGCCCGUCGAAUAUAAGGAAUAUGUUUGCUUUGCUGGAAUACCAUGUAACGCAACAAUCAAAAUAAAAAGAUCUGCACAAACAAGAUUAAUCACAGGCAACAAGCAAAUUAUUGGUGAGAAAAAAGAUGUGGCCAAUCCUUAUACGGGUUCUUAUGGGAAUAGAAAUAAAGCAAAUAUAAAAAAAGGAGAAGAGAAAAAGGAACAAAAAAGGAACGAUAAAAAGGAAGGUGAAAUAGGAUAUAAAAAGGAAGGUGAAAUAGGAUAUAAAAAGGAAGGUGAAAUAGGACAUAAAAAGGAAGAUGAAUUAGGAGAUAAAAAGGAAGAUAAUAAUGAAGAUCAAAAUCAAGAUAAUAAGCAAGAUAAAAUAGAAAACAUGAAUAAAGAUAUCAAUAAGGACAAAGAAAUAAAAACCAAAGAAACUAAUAUUGAAGAAGAAGAAGAGGUGGAAGAAGAAGAGGUGGAAGAAGAAGAAGAAGAAGAGGAAGAAGAAGAAGAAGAAGAAGAAAAAGAAGAAAAAGAAGAAGAAGAAGAACAAGAAGAACAAUUUGAUCAUAAUGAACAUGAAGUUAAAGGUGCAGAUAAAAAUAAAGAUAAAAAUUUUAACCAAAAUAAAGGAGAAUCACAAAACGUGAAUCCAAACACACAACAAAAUCAAUAUGAUGAACAAAUUAUUUCAGAAGAAGAACAAGAUAAUAUUGAAAACUCACUGUUAGGAAAACAUCAAUACAUAUAUUACACAUUAAAUGAUACAAAAGAAUGUAAGAAUGAGUAUGAAACCGUUUAUAAAAGUAAUGCAUCUAGCAUAUAUGUUUCACAAGAAAUAAAUUAUUUACAUCAUGAAUUUAUAGAUGGAGUUUAUAAUUUAAAAAUUGAUAUAGUACCUACAGAUAUAACUAAACGCUAUGAAAUUUGUGCAUCAUUCUAUGAAGAUGAUAAAUAUUUUUAUAAUAUUGGAAAUAUUAUAUUUUAUGGAAUAUUUAAUGAAUCUAAUACUUUAGAUAUAAUUUCUGGUGUUCCAUUUAGCUUUGAAAUAAAUCAGUUCUAUUCGAAGUAUGAUUUAUUCAUUCGUUUGAUUUAUGAAAAACAUGGAGAUUCUAAAACAUGUAGAUUAUAUAAUAACAAUUUUGAAAAUGUGUUUUUAGAAGGUACCAUAGAACGCACAAUAGUUCAACAUGACAAGAAAGUGUUAGACAAUUAUAUAACUAAUUAUAAAUGGAAAGAUGUAACAAUCAUUUUAGAUACAGAUAAUAAUAAUUAUAUGACAUCAUAUCAAAAUGUAGAUGGUUCUUAUAAUUUAUAUGUAUGCUCCUGUUAUGAAUUAACUGAAGGACAUUGUCAAUCAGGUAACUAUUUUUCAACACAAGUCAUGAAAUUUUAUGUACAUACGGUUGAAUUAAAAGAACCGAAAAUGAAUUCAUUAAUGCAUUUCUUAAAACCUUUUACACUCAAAUUAGAAACUACCAAAAUAUUAAAUGGAUCGAUUAAGGUUAUACCUAUUGAUAUAAUAUCAGAUUUAAGUAAAUUAUGUUUAGAAUUAAAUUUAAAAAAUAUAUAUUUAAAAUAUCAAGCUGAAAUUAAUGAAUAUGAACAAACAUAUAAUAUAACUAUUAAUUUCCUUUCUCAAGGUUUUAUUAUAUGUUGGUGUGGAAAGGAUAAUUGUAAAGAUCAUGAAUAUUUAACCAAAGUUGCUUUUUUCAGACUGAACAGUCCAAAUUUUAUAGAUGUACACACAGAUUUGAACGGAAACUUUUCUUUUCAUUUCUUAAAUCAGUUUGUAAAUAUAAAUGAUAGAGUAAGAUUUGUCGGACAAGCCUCUUCUUGUUUGGAUGAUGAAAACGUGGAUUUAUUUAAUAAUCACAUUGUAAUAAAAAACGUGCAAAAUAAAAAAGGAAAAACGUCCAAUGGUGGUAAUACAAAAAAGGAACAACAAAAAAAUAACAAUAAAAUUAACAGUAAUAAUAAUGAAGAGGACGAGAACGACAACGAGAACAAGAAUGAGAGAAAGGAUGAGGAUGAUAAUUAUGAGAGCUACAGCAUCGAUUGGGAACAAAUCAUCGAAAUAUUUGGAAAACCAAGAAAUAUUUUUAAAGGCAUAAACCAAAACUGGACUUGGGUUUCUGAAAAUUACAAAAUGAAAACUUCAAAUGAAAAGUACAUAAAAAUAUGUUAUUGCUUCCAUUUUUAUUAUAAAAAUUGUAAAGAUACUAAAAAUUUUCUAUAUAUAGGAUUAGUACAUAAUCACAUUUGGGAUAGCAAAACAACAAUUAUGCAGAAUGAAUUGGACACAAAUUAUGAAAUAAGUAAUAUGAUAUAUUUUAACAAAGAUUCUAUUAAAUUUGUUGCAAUUAACUCAUUUAAUGAUUUGAAUAGAAAUGUUUGUGAUAAUAUAAAUUAUGAAAAAAAUAUUAUUAUGCCUUUUUUUUCUGGAUAUAAUAAGUUUCAUAAUACGACGAUUAAUCAGAAGAAUAUAUUAAAUAUACUUAAGACAUAUUAUCAUAAUGAAUUUAUUUUUAUAUUAUGUUAUAAUACUGAAUAUUAUAAGAAGAAAACAAAUUACUUAUUAACAACAAAGGAUAUGACUGAGUUAAAUGAUUUUACAACAUAUUAUAAUGAAGAAAUAAAUACAUAUAAUAUAAUACAAUCAAGUUUUUCAUAUCAUUCGGAUAUAAAGGAUAUCUCAACAACAAAUGAAAACAUUGAAAAAUAUGAACACAUGCAAUUAUUAUUACAAAAUAGAGGGAACACACCAAACAUAUUUGAGAAUUAUUUUUAUCAAAAAGAUGUAUAUAAAAAGAAUAAUAUGAGUAUAUAUAAUAUGAAUUUAUAUAAUAUGAGUCCAUAUGUAGUUUAUAAUAAUAAUAAAAAGAAAAUUACAAAUAUACAAGUAAAGAAUAGAUUAAAAAUCAUAUUAACAAAAAUGUAUCAUAUGACAAGUGUGGAUAUUAAUGAAGUUAUAUACUAUAAAGGUAAAGGAGAAUUAUUAACUGAUCUUAAUUUACAAAAUAUAUUUAUUCUACCAAAACAAAAGAAAGUUAUAUUAUGUUGUUAUAAUGAUGAUUAUAUAGAAGUAAUAAUAAAUGAUGACAACAAAAUUGGCAUGAAAAAAUCAAACAAAAUACAAGAAUUAAUUGACAUUUUAAAAAAAUAUCAUCCUAAUUUUGAACGAAAUAAAAAAAAACAAAAUGAUAUAUUAGAACAAUUUAAUAACAUCAAUGAUAUUUUAUUUAAAUAUGAUUAUAUAAGAGAUGUUAACAAAAAUCAAAUUUAUUAUGAUACAGGUUUCUUUAGAAAUAAUAUUUAUAUACAAUUAAUAAAUCAACCAUUUGAUUUAAAAAUAUAUGGAUCAAAUAUACAAAAAAAGAAAACCAAAGACUAUAUAUUAUAUAUAAUAGAGUUUCAUAAUAUAUGUUAUAAUAAUAUGAAUAAAAAUGGAUUUUUCUUAGAACAUAAAAGAUAUAAUGAAAUGGAAAAUUAUAUACACUUUUUACAAAUUUCCAUGAACAAAAUAAAUAAUUACAAAUUGUGUUUAUAUGACAAAGAAAGGGAUAUAUAUUCCAAUGUUGGUAUUUUGAAUAUAACGGAUUAUUUUGUUAUAAAGGAGUCUUCCUUUUUCGACAAUGAGGAUAUAGGAAAUAUAAAAAAAAAAAAUAUGGAAACUGAUUCUUAUAAUUAUAAUAAUGAUAAUAACUAUGAUGGUAAUUAUGAUAACAAUUAUGAUAACAAUUAUGAUCAGAAUAAUAAUAAAUAUUACAUUAAAAAUUAUAAUCAAGAUGUCAUCAAAAAUGUAUGCUUAAUUAUGGACAAUAAUACAAAUCAAAUAAUCGUCAUAAAGGGAAAGGGAAGCUUUUAUUUUAAUCUACAAAUCGAAAAAGGUAUAUUUAUAGAGAAAAAAGGUCAAAAAUUAAAUGAACUAUUCCCUGAUAUAAAAAACCAUGAACCUAUAUCAUGUAAAAAUAAAAAGAAAAAUACAAUUAUAUUAACAAAAACACAUAUAUUUUUCUACACUAAUAAUAAUGAUAUAUCUUUUUCAACAAAACAUAACUUACCAUUUCCAUAUGACAUCGAUUUUGAUGACCAGUAUAUAUAUGUAAAUGAUUUAUAUCUAAAUAAAAUUGCACGUAUACAAAUUUUAUCGAACAAAGAUAAUAAAACACCUAUUCCAAUUAUUAAUAAUAAACAAAGAAGCAAAAGAAGUAUUAUUAACCAUGGUCAUGAAUCACAACAAAAUAUUCAAAAAACACAUCAAACAUAUGAUCAUUUUACUCCAUUACAUAAGGUGGAAAAAAAAGAAAUAUUACAAAAUAAUAAUAUAGUACAAUUAAAGGAAAAUGAAUUCCCCAUUACAAAUUUAAAAAAUAUAGAAUAUUCAAAAAAUAACAUACCUAAUCAAAAAAUCAGUUCAAAAGAUGACAUAUACAAAAUGAGCGAUUUCCAGGCAUUCAUAAAUAAAUAUGCUAAUUUGAUUACUACUAAUUCAUUUCGUUUGUAUAAUUAUUUUGAGAAGAAAAAAUAUUAUGGCACUCUGAAUUAUUUUAUUAAGAGAGUAUGGUUCAAUAAAGUAGGACCCUCACGAGAAGAAAAUUAUUCAACAGAAAGUAAGAUUGAACAGAAUGACAAAAAUAACAAUAAUAAUAAUAAUAAUAAUAUAAAUAAUAAUUAUAAUUAUAAUUAUAAUGACCUCCACAACAACAACCACAAUAUCAUCCUUAACAGCAAUAAUUAUAAUAAUAAUAAUCAGAGCAGCCGUCAUCAAAAUUUUAUUUAUAGUUAUCACGUCAGUUUGGACGGAAAAAAAAAACAAAGUGAAAACUUACUUACACACUCUUUAAAUAAUUUUAUUCAAUUUUUUCAAAAUAAAAAAAAUUCUAUCCUUAAAAAAGAAAAAGAAAAAAGGAAAAAUAUUCCAUCAUAUAAUAUAAUGUAUAAAAAUAUUAACCACAUAACAAACACAUUAAAUAAAAGAAAACAACAAGAAUUAACAAGUUCGAUUAUAAAGAAAAGAACCAAAAGAAAUGUUCAGGAGAAACGUAUGAGCCAAUCAGCUUAUAAUGAACUUGUUUUAGCAAGUAUCAAAAAAUAUACAAAUAAAGUAGAACCGGCACAUUUCGUAAAUAAUAAACUUGAUUAUUUAAAUUAUAUAACAAAUUUAAAAAGUCCAUUAAAUAUCAGUGUACAAAAUAAUAUCCUAUAUAUUUUAGAUUCUAUAAAAAAUACUUUUUUUAGUUACAAUCUAAUAAAUAAAGAAAUUAAAGAAUUAGAAAAAUACGAUUUUAAUGAUCAUCCAUUAAUUUUAAAAAACCCAUUACAUUUUUCCAUAUACAAUGGUAUAAUAACAGAAUAUACAGAACAUAAAAAUAACUUAGCAUUUGUUACACAAAUUGAUAGUAACGAAAUAAAAGUAAUUGAUUUAAAUAGUAGUAAAAAAUAUAAAAUAAUCAAAGCAAUUAAACUAAGGAAAGGAUAUAAACAUAAUCACAUAAAUUAUGUUAUAGGAAUAAAACAAAAAUUAUUAAUAAUAACAUCACAAAGUCAAAAUAUUGAUCAUUAUAAAAAUAUAAUUUAUCAUUAUCAUUUUAAUUCUUUUGAUCAAUAUUUUAGUAUAUCUUUUAAUUAUACAUUCGCCAAAAAUUAUAAUGCAAAUGAUAAUUUGUAUAUUACUCCUGAUAUAGAUAAAUAUAGUGAUAAUAUAAUAUACUUUUGUUUUCUAAAUUCAAAUAAUAAAUGUACAAAUAUUGAUGAACUAACCAAGUUGUCUAUAUCUCACGAAACUGGAAUAAUAACAGGGAAACUAAAUUAUUUUGGUACCUUUUCCUUAAAAAUAUUUGCAAAAACAUAUUUUCAAUAUAAAAUUAAUACAUACUCAAAUUUAUAUUCUUAUUGUGGUAUUAGUCAAGAAUAUAAUAAAACAAAAUCGACAUGUGAAAGUUGUCCAAUAGGUACGUUUUGGAAUAGCGAAAAAUUAUUAUGUGAAAAUUGUCAAAAAUAUAUUGAAAAUACUUCUACGUUAAAAAAUGGAUCAAAAUUAAAAACAGAUUGCUUAUGUUCCCCAGGAUAUGAAUAUUCUGAUAAAUCAUCCAAAUGUGAAAAAUGUAAACCUGGAUAUUAUAAAAAAAGUGUUGGGAAUUUUAUAUGUAUUAAAGGUUGCCCAAUAAAUGAAAAAAGUAUAACAUAUGGUGCUAAAAGUUAUGCAGAAAUGGAUUGUAAAUGUAUUGAAGGAUAUUAUAGAAAAGAAGAUAAGUGUGUUUUAUGCUUAUCAAAUUAUUAUUGCCCAGGAAAUGAAUUAAUAAAACCAUGCGAUAAAAAUAAAAUAUCGAAAGAAGGAGUUAUACAUAAAAAUGACUGUAUAUGUAAAGAAAAUUAUAUAAAAGAUAAUAAAAAUAAUAAUUGUGUUUAUUGUGCUUCUAUAGCAAAAAUUUUAGGGAAACCAAUUUAUUGUUCUUUAUGUGAUCCAAUUUAUUUUCAUGAAGAUAUUUAUAAAAAUAUAUUUCUACUUCCUAAUAAUAUACAUAAUUAUGGAUUAAUUAAUAAUAUAUAUAAUUAUGAUGAAGAUUUAUCUUUACAAGGAAAUAUUAUGAAAUAUGCAUAUUUUCAUAAAACAACAAAUAUUGAAAGAAAUUUUACACACUAUAUAAAUAUUAAAAAUAUAUAUCAUACAUUUAAUAAUAAUAUUAAUAAUUAUGAUUAUUUAACGAACUCCAAAUUUGCUAUCGAAAUAGAUAUUCCUGAACCAAAAAAAUGUAUUUUUUGUGAUAGUGGAUAUUAUAUAAAAAAAAAAAAAUGUAUUUCUUGUACUACAAAAUAUUGUGAAGGAUUUAAUCAUAAUCCAAAAGCAUGUCCUAAAAAUUCUGUUGUAAAUAAAAUGAAGGCUUCUUCUAUUUUUGAUUGUUCUUGUAAACGUGGAUAUGGAAUAUUAAAUGAAAGAAGAAAUGCAUAUAGUAAUACAAUUACAUGUCAAAUAUGUCCACAAAAUUUCUUUAAACAUAUUAUAUCAGAUGAUUCAUGUUUCCCAUGCCCAUUAUAUACAUAUACUUUAAAUCAAGGAGCAACAUCUAUAUUACAAUGUUUACCAAAAAAAGGAUAUUUCAUUUAUAUGUUUAAAAGUAUUAAUAUAGACUAUUUAAGAUAUAAAUUUGAUAUAAAUACAGAAAAUAGAAUAUAUAAUUAUUUUGAAAAUAAUAAUAAAAUAUUUGAUGAAGAUGUAUAUAACUUCUUUUUAAACAAACAGUAUUCAAAGUUUUUUUAUAAUACAGAAAAUAAAACAAAUACUAAUAAUAAUCAUAAUAAUAAUAAUAAUAAUAAUCAUAAUCAUAAUAAUCAUAAUAAUAAUCAUAAUAAUCAUAAUAAUAAUAACAACAACAAAUAUACAAAAGAUAAUCAUUUCGAUAAUCAAGUGGGAAAUAUAAACAAACAUACUAAUAAUUUACAAAUAAAAAUUACAGAAAAUAUUUAUAAUAUACAAUACUUGGAACAUUUAGGAUUUAUCAAAAAAACUUCAUUGUUCUAUAUUUAUAUGAUACUUUUAAGAAAUAUUGAAGAACGAUAUAAUUUUAAUAUGGAUAAAAUGUUAAAAAUUACCUGUCAUAUAAAUCUUCAUUUAAAAAAAAAUCCACACUUCACUAUUACAUAUAAAAAAAAUUUACAAGAAUGUAUAGACAGUUGCAAAACUAAUAUAUAUUGUACAGGUAUUGAAUUUUCAAGGAAGAGAGUAGAAUAUACUCAAAUAAUCUUAAAAAAUAAUAAAAAAAUUAUACUUGGAUAUUUUAAAUGUAAACAAUUUUAUUUCCAAAAUAUCUAUGAUUAUUCUUCCUAUAAUUUAGAUUCUUAUUUAAAUGAACAUAUAGAAAACCAAAUAAAUAUUAAAAGUACAUUAACAUAUACAAAUUUUAUUAUGAGAAACAAACCAGAUAUUAUUUAUACUUGUUCGAUUGAUAGAGAUCCUAAAUAUUUACUAUAUAAAAAUUACAAACUAGUAGAAUGUGUAAUAGGAAAAUUCUGUCCAGGUAAUAAUACUCCAUAUAUGAUAUCAUGUCCUAUUAAUUCUACAACAAUAAUACCAGCAUCAGAAGAUGUAAAUAAAUGCUUAUGCCUAAAAGGUUAUUCCUAUGUAGGAGUUACAUCUUAUAGGUGUUCUUUAUGCGAUAGGGGAUCUUAUAAAAAUUCAGUAGGUAAUAAUAAAUGUGAUAAUUGUCCCUUAACAUUUUCAACAACACACAGAGGAUCAACAAAUAUUAAGGAUUGCUCUUGUACAUCUGGAAAUUAUCUGACAUUUGAUACCUUGGGAAAUUUUAUACGUACAGAAAAUAUGCAGCAUAAAAAUAUUAGUGAUCAAUAUUUUGUUAUACCCAUAAAACAGGAAUCUCAACCUGAAAAUGAAAUAAAAGAUGAUAAUAAAAAUAUAAAUAUUUAUAAUGCUAAUAAUAUUAAUAACCAUGAUAUAGUUUACAAAACAAAAAUGAUCAAAAUUAAUUUGCAUAAAGAAAAUGAUAAUCACAAUGAUUAUAUGAACAACAUAUUAAAACAAACUAUAGGUUUAUGUAAACCAUGUACUUUGGAAAACCAUUAUUGUGAAGGGGGGUUAGAAUCUGACAUCACUUUUAAUAAUAAACUUAUUAAAGGUAAAUUUCAUACCUUACCAAAAAAAUGCCCAAGGGGAUUAGGUAUUCCAAAUAUAAUUAAAGAAAGAAAUUCAAUAAAUAAUUGUUUGUGUAUACAUGGAAAGGUUCAAAGAACCACAGAAAAUAAAAACGUGGAAUGUUUCCCAUGCCCUCCUAACACAUUCAAAGAAAAUGAAUAUGAUAACAGUUGUUCAGGUGCUUGUCCUCCAUUUUCCACUACGUUUGUUGGUUCAUCUUAUGAAAAUCAGUGCUUUUGUAAAAAUAAUUAUUAUCUUGUAUCUACGGAUGAUGAAAAUGAUACCAAUGGAAACAGCAUCAACAAUAACAAAAAUAUCUACAAUAAUAACAACAUCUACAAUAAUAACAACAACAACAACAAUAAUAAUAAUAACAAUUUUAAUAAUAAGAGUGAUGUAAAAAAGAAGAGUUGUAAAAUAUGUCCCAUAGGGGCUAUAUGUAAUAGAGGAUUUAAUAUAUAUAUAUAUCUAAAACUAUUAAAUGAUAGAUCAUAUAAUAAUAUAAAUGUAAUAGAUCAUGAAACACCUUUCCCUAAAUAUGGAUAUUAUGCAGUAUACAGAGAAAAAACAAAUCCAACCAAAUCAUGGGACACAUUAGAUGAUAGCGCAAUUUUAAAUUAUGUUUAUCCUUAUCACAAAUUGCUCUUAUUUAUUCAAAAAAAUAUACAAAAGGGAAAUUAUUUCUUUUUAGAAAAAGGGAAUAAAUUUUUUCUUAAUGAUGAUUUUGUGGAAAAAAUGAAUGAAAAGAGCAAAUAUGAAGAAGAAAAUGCAAAUAAAUUUGUAACGAAAAGUGAAAUAAUACAUAAUGUCAAUACAAAUAAUCUAAAAGGAAAACAUAACACACUUAAUAAUAAUAAUAAUAAUAAUAAUAUUAAUAAAAGUUCAUCCUUUUUGAACCAAAAUAAUUACAAUAAUGAUAUUAUUCAAUUAUCCAGUUAUGAAAAUAAUCCAUUUAAAAAUUUGUCCUCAACAUCUGAAGUUUCAUCAAAUAAUAAUGUUAUUUCCUUUAUACAAAAUAAUGAUAAGACAAAUAAUUCAACAAACGAUAAUAAUAUAGAAAAUCUUGUUGAUAUUUUUAAUAAAUAUGUUCAGGAAGCUAAAGAAUUACAAAUACAAAAUAGAAAAUUUGAAAGGAUACCAGAUAUACAUCCAUGUACUAUUCCAAACAGAUGUCUUGGUACCUUAAUAAAUUUGUGUUCAGAUGGUUCAACAGGAUAUCAAUGUAAUAAUUGUUCAAAAAAUUAUGACAUGUCUUAUUUUAAAUCUAAAUGUAAAAAGUGUCAAAAUUUAUUCUAUGAAAUAUUACAUUUCAUAUUACUAAAAUUAUUAUAUUAUAUAAUUGUUAUAUUUAUAUGUUCCCUUAAUGGUAAUAUUUUAAAUAAAUUACAUGUUAGUGGAAUAUUAAUGAGAAUAUGGUUAAAUUGCUCUUUUACUUUUAUAGCUUACGGAUUUUUUAUUCCUAACAUGAAUUCAUUUAUUUCGAAAUAUUGGUAUCUAUAUAAAACAGCUUUUUCUUACCAUAUGAAAAUUUUUGCUUACUACCUAAGGGUACAAUGUCUUCUUAAUUCGUUAAAUAUUAAUUUGUCAUAUAAUCAAAUGUGGUAUAUACAAAAAUAUAUGAAUAUAUGUACACCUAUAUUUGAUUCUAUAUUUAUAACCAUCUUAUUGUUUGCCGUAAUACAUAUAUACAAAUUCUUUUUUUACAAAAAGAAUAUAGAUAUAUUCGAACAAUUGUUGUGUACUAUUCCUGAGUUAAAUACAUUAUAUAAAAAGAAUUGUAUAGAUAAUAUUCAUAAAGUGAAAAAUAAAAAAUUCGCAAAUAAAGUUGAGAGUUUUGAAGAAAAUGAAAAUCAAAAUAAAGAGAAAAAAAAUAAAAAAAACAUAAAGAGAAAGAACAAAGCUAAAAAUAAACAUAAUAAUGAUAAUAAUGAUAAUAAUGAUGAUAAUGAUAAUAAUAAUGAUAAUAAUAAUGAUAAUAAUAAAAUUAAUAUUAAUUCUAAGGAUGAACAUAUAAACCAUUUUGAAAAAUGCUCAAGCAUUACAACCAUACUAAAUAAUUUAGAACUAAACAACGAAGAAAAAAAUAAGGAAAGUAAGAAAAAAAAAAUAUUCGACAUAAAGAAAAAAACAUCCAUAGAAAAUAUUAAGGAAAAUGAAACAAACCAUUUGUGGAAUGAUACACAUAAUAAUGUAAAAAACAAAGAAUCCAAUAUAAACACAACAAAUAUAAGUAAUAACAUAAAUUAUGAAUUAAAAUAUAUUAAAAAUAAAGAGUGGUAUAAUAUAUUCUUAAAUAAAACUAUUCAAUAUAUAUAUAAAGAAAAAAAAAUAUUUGGAUUAUGGCAUUUCAUAUUUACAAAAAAUGAUAACUGGUUUAAAAACAUGGGAACAUUUUUAAAUGAUACACUUCCUUGUUAUGUAUUAAUAAUGAUAUUAUCGAUACCAUAUAUACUUUUAGAACUUGUACAAUUAACGUAUUGUACACCUAUUAAAUAUAAAACACAAAAAACAUAUUUUUAUUUAACAUAUCUUAUUACACAGAAAUGUAGUUUAUCGUCUAAAUUAUUUAUAACAGGAUUAAUUGUGACUAUUACAAUGUUUGCUUUAUAUAUAUUCCUAUGGAUUCUUUUAUUAUAUUUAUAUUCAAAAAGAAAAAGAUUGAAUUUGUUCGAUUUAUUAACAACCAAUUUAUUAUCAGGUUUUAGAAAAGGAAAAGGUAUAUUUGAAUUGAUAUUUUUAUUAAAACAUAUUUUAAUCGUAUUAUUAAUAUGUUUUAAUAUAUAUUAUGGAUUAUAUUAUAUUGUUUUUCUUACAUUAAUAUUAAUUACGUUUGCUAUUCUAGAAAUUUUAUCAAAUCCAUAUGAUAAGAGAUCAUUUAAUAUACUUAAUAAAUCAUUAAAUAUCGGAAAUGUAUUAAAUAUAUUUUUCCCUUUAAUUAUUUGGGGAAGCUUUUAUUGGACAUACGAAAAUUUUUUUAUAUUUCCUAUAUUUGUUAUAUAUGCUUAUCACAUUUAUAUGUUUUAUCAUAUAGUUAAAGAAUUUACACUAUCCAUACAUUUUAUAAAAACAGAAAAUAUUGUUAAUAUUCAAACCAUUGGAUAUGAUCCAGAAAAUAUAAAAAAUAAAAAUUAUAAAAUAUAUUAUAAAGUUAUGAACAAAAUUAAAUACUUCCUUAAUAAAAAUCAGAAGAAAAAUAUUUCAAAUAUCAAUGAAAAUAAAGACAAACAUUUGAAUAAAAAUAAUAAUUCAAAAGAUCACGUCAAAUUUGAACCAAUUGAAAAUAUUAUAAAAAGAUAUAAUCUUAAAUUAAAUAAAGGUAUACUCAAAGAUGCAAAUAACAAUAAUAAUAAUAAUAAUAUUAAGAAUAUGAGCGAUCAGGUGGAGGAUAAUAAAAAGGAUAUAUUAUUUAUUAAGAAAAAUGUUUUACCUGUUAAUGUACAUAAUGUGGCUUCUAUUUGGUAUGAUGAACAGAAUGAAGAUUUAUUAUUUCAGAUGCCAUACCAAAAUAAAUUCUGUCUGAAUAUGAAUAAUGAAGCGAAUGAAAAUAAUGAUCAGAUAAAUGAUCUAACUAAAGAUAAAACAAGUGAAGAAGAAAAUAAUAAUGAUCAUGUAAAUGAUCCAACGAAAGAUCAAACAAAUGAUGAAAAAAAAAAAAAUAAAAAUAAAAAAAAUAAAAAUAAUAAUAAUAAUGAAAAUAACUGUCAUUCAAAUGAUAAUAGCAAUAAUAAUAAUAAUAAAGAGGUACACAAAAAUGAUGAUAAUAUAAAUCAUAACAACAUAAAUAAUCAUAAUAAGAGCUCUAAUAUUUCUACUACAAACAAGAAAAACUACUUUAAUAAAUUCUCAGAUUAUAUAAUUGAUAAACGAAAUAAAAAAAGCAUUAAAUAUUUUAUUACAUCUCUUAUGGAAGUUAUUGAAAAGUUUUUAGAUUCUUCCACUCACGGUUUUAUUUACGAAAAUUGGUUCGAUUUUACUAUCCGUUUUGCAUUCGUAUAUAUAUCGUGGAUCAAAAAAUGCAACAAAAAAAAUAAUAUUAUGUUGCCUAUGAAUAUACAACAAUUACAUAUUCAUAUGGACCUUUUUAUAUUUACACCUAUAUUUCCAAAAAAUAAUUCUACUUGUAUAAAUGAACAAAAUAUACAAAAUUACUCCAAAAAAAAAAAAAUAUAUAAUAAAAUAAAUAUGUAUGAUGAAAAAAUAGAGACUGGUGAACUACUUGAAAAACAUAAUAGUUUUGAAAAUACAGAAAUAAAAAUUAGCCGCAGUUUUGGAUCACACAAUUAUAUGCCAAACAUAAAAAAUAGGAAAAACAAUUAUGAUAAAAAAGAAGAUAUUACUUCUAUAAAUGAUAUAAAUGUAGAUAUUAUAAAACAAGAUGAUCAAAAGGAAGAUUCAAACAUCAAUCAUCUUAUAAAUGAACACAAUCAAAAAGAACCUUCUCAACAUAUAUACAAUAUUAACGACAAAAAUAUUAUGGACUAUAAUAUAGAUGAAAAUAUCUCUAAAAAUAAUGAAAAAGAAAAACAUAUUAAAAUACCCCCAAAAAAUAUUUCCAUAACGCAAAAAGAAUAUUAUAAUAAUAAUGAUAUUUUUAAUUAUUCUUUAGAUAUUUUUUCAUCAGAAAUGUUUAAUGAAAAAAUGUUUCAUAGUAUCAUAUCAUUAUUCGAAUUAUAUAUGGCUAUAAAAACAUUAAAAUUAAUGAACCCACAUAUUUUUAAUAAACUAUAUCAAAUGUAUAAUAAAAAAAUUAUAACUUUCGAUACUAGUGUUAUGUUUUAUAUUAAUAAACUCAGAGAUGAUAUAAAAUCAGAAAUUGAGCAAAUCGAUAAAGAAAUAAAUACAGGAGAUACAACAGAAAAAGAAAGAAUUCAAAAUUAUUAUUAUUACAAAGAAGAAUUAUUUAAAAGAAAAAAAUUAGAAGAAGAAUUAUUAUCUAAAAUUAAAAGUCUUGAAGAAUGUAUUGAAGUAAACAAACGAUCACAAUCGUUAAGAAAUAUGUUAUUAACAAAAAAGAAAAAAAACAAUAAUCUAAAUAAUGAAAAUCUAGAGGAACAUAUAAAUUAUAUCUUUUCCCAUCUACAUAAUGAAGGUACAUAUAAAUUAAAUCAUUCUCAAAAUAUGGACAAAAAAAAUUAA